AUGCUGGCGCGGGUUUUGUUAGCUCUUCUUGGGCUUCUGGCAUCGCUGGCGAUGGCUACUCCAGUCUCUACAGCUUCACCUUCUACGGCUACUACAUCUGCAGCCGGUGAUAAGCUCGUGUUCUGUCACUUCAUGAUCGGGAUCACCAGCAACCGUCAAAGCUCAAGCGACUAUGACGAUGACAUGCAGCGUGCCAAAGACCUCGGCAUCGAUGCAUUUGCUUUGAACAUCGGCACAGAUUCGUACACCGACACCCAGCUCCAGUAUGCGUACACAUCCGCCUCCAACAAUGGAAUGAAGGUGUUCCUCUCCUUCGACUUCAACUGGUGGAGCACGGAAGAUGGUAGCGCUGUCGGUGCCAAAAUCAAACAGUACGCCAGCUUUCCGUCUCAGCUUAAGGUAGACGGCAAGGUCUUUGUCUCGUCAUUCUCUGGCGAUGGCCUGGAUGUUGCUGCCAUGACUUCUGCAGCAGGCCAGAGCCUCUUUUUCGCACCCAAUUUCCAUCCCGGACAGGGCGAUUUCAGUGAUGUGCAAGGCGCGCUCAACUGGAUGGCUUGGCCGAGUAAUGGAGAUAACAAGGCUCCUACGACUAGGAAUCUUGUAACAGUUCCCGAUGGUGACAAGGCUUAUAUUGAUGCUUUGGACGGGAAGGCCUAUAUCGCGCCGGUCUCGGCCUGGUUUUCCACCCACUUCGGAAGUGACGUUUCAUACAGUAAGAACUGGGUCUUUCCAUCCGACUUGCUCUGGUAUCGGCGCUGGCAUGAGAUCCUGGCUCUCCAGCCUCGCUUUGUGGAAAUCAUCACCUGGAACGACUAUGGGGAGUCGCAUUAUAUUGGACCCUUGUCAUCGCCUCAUACUGACGAUGGAUCAUCCCAGUGGGUGAUGGAUAUCAUCUCACAUCUUCUUUUCCAUAAACCAAGGCCCCAUGAUGGUUGGCUAGAAAUGUCCAAGCCUUUUAUCGCCGCUUACAAGGCCGGGAGCACAGUAGCACACCCCUACAUCGAGGAAGAGAAGCUGGUCUACUGGUACCGUCCCACACCCCGGGAUGUCAACUACGACGCGACCGACACAACAAUGGGCAGCGCCAAUAAUGCCAGUGGCAAUUUCUUCCGUGGUAAGCCGGACGGAUGGGAGACGAUGCAAGAUGAGGUAUUCGUCGUUGCGCUACUUAAGUCACCCGCAGAAGUACACGUGCAAUCGGGCAGCAAGACAAAGAUGUUCAGGGCACCGGCGGGAAUCAGUUCGUGGUCUGCGCCCAUGGGAGUGGGUCAGCAGAAGUUUGCGUUAACGCGGGGGGAAAAGACGGUGUUGUCGGGAACUAGCCUGAGGGAUAUUGUUGAUCAAUCUGUCUGCGGGAUCUACAACUUCAAUGCCUAUGUGGGGACUCUCCCGGCCCCAUCCACGAUUGACCGACUCCAGCCGGAUGGACUAGCUUUGUUGACACAGGGGCUGAAGGUGCCAUGUCCGACGAAUACCCUAGGGGGGAGCAGUGCGUCCUCGAGCGGCGGGAUGAGCACUAGCACUAGCACUUGCACAGGGGCGGUGUGA